AUGCCUUCUUACAAGGUGACUUAUAUGAAGAAGUCUACAUGGCCUUACUACAAGGAUUUCAUAGACAUGGGAGAGAAAGGAAGCAAUUCUCAGCUAGUCAAUGAAGCUAAGAAGACAUUGCAAAGUCAAUUCAAAGUGAAGGAUUUGGGAGAAUUAAGAUACUUCCUUGGUAUUGAGGUCCUCAGAUCACAAAAGGGGAUCCUACUGAAUCAAAGCAAAUAUGCGCUUGAGUUGAUUUCAAAAGUAGGCCUAAGUGGUUCUAAGCCUGUUUCAACACUUCUGGAGUUGAAUCAAAAGUUUACCACUGUAGAAUAUAAUGCUUAUGUUUGGAGAAUAGGAGAUCCAAAAUUAGAUGACAUCACUGCAUAUCAGAAGUUGAUUGGGAAGCUCCUAUAUUUAACAAUCACACGACCUGACAUUAGCUUUGCAGUCCAAACAUUAAGUCAGUUCAUGCAAAGUCCAAAACAAUCUCAUAUGGAUGUAGCCUUAAGAGUGGUUAAAUACAUCAAAGGAGCACCAGGUCUAUGA